UCCCCUCAGCUCACCGGCGCCAUGUUGGGAGCAGCCAUCCUCAUGGGACUCACACCGGAGUCUUAUCAGGGGAAUCUAGGCAUGACCCUGGUCAGCGAAAAGAUCUCACUUGAGCAAGGUUCGCUGUCUUUGUAUAGAGCAGGGUUGGUUGUGUUUCUAUAGAUCAGGUUCUGUUGUGUUUCUUUUGAUCAGGUUCUGUUGUGUUUAUAUCGAUCAGGUUCUGAUGUGUUUAUAUAGAGCUGGGUUGGUAAUGUUAUUAAUACUUAUUAGGAUUAUAUUUAUACAAUAAAAUAAGUUAUAUUUUAAAAGAAUGUAAUAGGUUAAAUUUAUUAUAAAUACUAAAGGCUGGGGAUAUUUAUAUAAAAUAAAUUGUGUUAUAUUUAUAUAGAACACAUUUAUGUGUAAUAAAGUUGGAGUUUAUUUGUAAUUAGUAAAGGUAGUUUAUAUUUAUUUAUAAUAAACCUCAAUGCACUUUUGUCGGAUCUUUGCUAACUUACCAAACACUGCUUAACGCAAUAAUAGGAUGUACGUAUAAUUGCUAAUUGCUUCUCAUAACAUGUUAUUUAGGUUAUUAAACAUUAAAAUAUUGUCUGUUCUGAUUCACCCUACCAGCCGUUGGUGUGGAACUAUUCAUCACAUUCCUCCUAGUUUUGACCGUGUUUGCGUCAUGUGACGGGAAGAGGAAAGAUUUGAAUGGCUCAGCACCGCUCACCAUUGGUCUAUCGGUCACCAUGUGUCACCUGUGGGCGGUACGUAAGCCUUCCUUGGUUGGUUUCAAUACAAUUAUUUAGCGAAAGAAAUAAUUCUAAAAUAUACAUUUUCAUCAUCUUAAACGAGCUAAUUUAAAAAUAAUGGAUACAAGAAUGAUCACGUUUGAUUAUAGUUCUAUUGUUCAUUUUUAAAAAUAUAAAUAAAAAUAGAACAAUGCUUAUUUCUGUGUAUAAUUAUAUCAUAGAAAUAGAUCUGAAACUAGCUGAGCUUCAAUCAUUAACAAAAUCCCAAUCCAUCACCAGAUCGAUUACACAGGAGCAAGCAUGAACACGGCCCGGAGUUUCGGCCCCGCACUGGUCAUGGGGACGUGGGACAACCACUGGGUAAGUAAGACACAAGUAUCGGACCAGCACUGGUCAUUGGGACAUGGGACAACCACUGGGUAAGUAAGAAACAAGUAUCGGACCAGUACUGGUCAUGGGGACGUGGGACAACCACUGGGUAAGUAAGACACACAUAUCGGACCAGUACUGGUCAUGGGGACAUGGGACAACCACUGGGUAAGUAAGACACAAGUAUCGGACCAGCACUGGUCAUGGGGACAUGGGACAACCACUGGGUAAGUAAGACACAAGUAAGACACAAGUAUCGGACCAGUACUGGUCAUGGGACAACCACUGGGUAAGUAAGACACAAGUAUCGGACCAGUACUGGUCAUGGGGACAUGGGACAACCACUGGGUAAGUAAGACAAAAGUAUCGGACCAGCACUGGUCAUGGGGACAUGGGACAACCACUGGUUAAGUAAGACACAAGUAUCGGACCAAUAUGGGUCAUGGGGACAUGGGACAACCACUGGGUAAGUAAGACACAAGUAUCGGACCAGCACUGGUCAUUGGGACAUGGGACAACCACUGGGUAAGUAAGACACAAGUAUCGGACCAGCACUGGUCAUGGUAAUAUGUUAGAUUAAUUAGACACGAACAAUUUGUGUCACUAUAACACUAGAAGUUAAGCUUUAAUAAUGCUUUAACAUAAUACACAAGUAUGGUAAUAAAAAAAGAGAUAUCAAUCAGGUUGGCGAAAAGGGAAAUGAGUAAAGCAAAGUAUGUGAAAAGCUAAAAAAAAAUGUAAGCCAUCAAAAGAACAAACGUGUUGGCAGGAAGCCUUCGUCGGCGAACAAACAACAGAAAUCAAUCAAUCAGAUAAGAUAAGAUACUUAAUAGCACUUAGCUGAAAAGUAGUAUCCGAGAGGUUAGAUAAAUAAUGUAUGUCAUUGUUGGAGCAGUUUAGGAACAUUUCCCACCUACUUACUUUCUGUCACGAUUCUUUAGCUUGCCAUGAACCCACGUCAUUAACACUUUGGGCUAAAUCAAUGCCAACUUUAACGUUGUGUAUGUCCAACAGGUUUACUGGGUUGGUCCAACGGUGGGUGGUGUGGUUGCAGGAGUUCUGUACGAGCACCUGUUUGCAAUGAACGCCAGUCUAACCAAGGCCAAGGCUUGCCUGCUGUCCAGUGACUAUGAUGACAACAAACACAAGGCCAACAAGGUCAAGGUGAGUUACCUCUGUGGGGAGUUUAUGUCACGGUUGGGAUUCAAUAUAUCAGUCAGGUUGGCAGUCAGGUUGGCAGUCAGGUUCGUAGUCAGGUUGGCAGUCAGGUUGGCAGUCAGGUUGGCAGUCAGGUUGGCAGUCAGGUUGGCAGUCAGGUUGGCAGUCAGGUUGGCAGUCAGUGUGGCAUUCAGGUUGGCAGUCAGUGUGGACGUCAGGUUGGCAGUCAGUGUGGCAGUCAGGUUGGCAGUCAGUUUGGCAGUCAGGUUGGCAGUCAGGUUGUUGGUAAGUUUGGUAGUAAGGUUGGUAGCGAGGUUGGAAGUCAGUUUGGCAGUCAGGUUGGCAGUCAGGUUGUUGGUAAGUUUGGUAGUAAGGUUGGUAGCGAGGUUGGAAGUCAGUUUGGCAGUCAGGUUGGCAGUCAGGUUGUUGGUAAGUUUGGUAGUAAGGUUGGUAGCGAGGUUGGAAGUCAGUUUGGCAGUCAGGUUUGCAGUCAGGUUGUUGGUAAGUUUGGUAGUAAGGUUGGUAGCGAGGUUGGAAGUCAGUUUGGCAGUCAGGUUUGCAGUCAGGUUGUUGGUAAGUUUGGUAGUAAGGUUGGUAGCGAGGUUGGAAGUCAGUUUGGCAGUCAGGUUUGCAGUCAGGUUGUUGGUAAGUUUGGUAGUAAGGUUGGUAGCGAGGUUGGAAGUCAGUUUGGCAGUCAGGUUUGCAGUCAGGUUGUUGGUAAGUUUGGUAGUAAGGUUGGUAGCGAGGUUGGAAGUCAGUUUGGCAGUCAGGUUUGCAGUCAGGUUGUUGGUAAGUUUGGUAGUAAGGUUGGUAGCGAGGUUGGAAGUCAGUUUGGCAGUCAGGUUUGCAGUCAGGUUGUUGGUAAGUUUGGUAGUAAGGUUGGUAGCGAGGUUGGAAGUCAGUUUGGCAGUCAGGUUUGCAGUCAGGUUGUUGGUAAGUUUGGUAGUAAGGUUGGUAGCGAGGUUGGAAGUCAGUUUGGCAGUCAGGUUUGCAGUCAGGUUGUUGGUAAGUUUGGUAGUAAGGUUGGUAGCGAGGUUGGAAGUCAGUUUGGCAGUCAGGUUUGCAGUCAGUUAGGCAGUCAGGUGGGAAAUCAGGUAGGGAGGCUGGCUGGAAUUAAGGGUUGGCAGUUAGAGUUGGUAGUUCGGGUUGGUGGUUCGGGUUGGUAGUUCGGGUUGGUAGUUAGAGUUGGUAGUUCGGGUUGGGUUUUAACUUUUGAUAUAUUCUCUUGCAUUAUUGAAAUAGAGGACACUUGUGCAGACCUCAUCCAGAUACUGAGUUGAAGAGAACUGGGAUAUGGAGGUAUGAGAGGGAAUGACGGGGAAUGAGUGGGGUGUUAGGGGAAUGCGAGAAAUAAGGAGGAUGAGAGGGAUGGUGGGGGAAUGAGAGGAAAUUAAGGAAAUGGCUUAAUGAAAGUGAAUAAGGAGAUUGAUGGGGAAUGAAAAGCAUUGAGAGGGAAUGAGGGGAAAAAAGGAGAAUGAGAGGAAUAAAAGGGAAUUAGAGGUAAGGGUCGCAUAGCAGAUGUAUUAUAAGACUUACUAUUUGUAAUGUGUAUCCUAAAUGGUCUUACAGUCAUGUCAUCUGACCUUCUAGUGAUUCACAUCUGACCUUGCUGUCAUUUACAUCUGACCUAGCUGUCAUUUAUAUCUGACCUUGCUAUCAUUUAGAUCUGACCUUGCUGUCAUUUAUAUCUGAUCUUGAUGUCAUUUAUAUCUGACCUUGCUGUCAUUCAGAUCUGACUUUGGCGUCAUUUACAUCUGACAUUGCUGUCAGUUAUAUCUGAGCUAGCUGUCAUUUCUAUCUGACCUUGCUGUCAUUUAGAUCUGACCUUGCUGUCAUUUAGAUCUGACCUUGCUGUCAUUUAGAUCUGACCUUGCUGUGCUGAGUGGAGCGCAUUGUAAAAGUUAAUAACCGGUUAAAAAACUGGAUUUUCAAAAUCCGUAAUUUUGCGUAAUCUGUUUUAGAUUGAUCGGACUCCAAAUAUUUCCAAGAACUGACAUUUGAUUUCCAGGAACUGUUAUUUGAGUUCCAGGACCUGUCAUUUGAGUUCCAGGAACUGUCAUUUGAGUUCCAGGACCUGUCAGUUGAGUUCUAGGAACUGUCAAGUUAUUUCCAGGAACUGUCAGUUGAUUUCCAGGAACCAUCAUUUGAGUGUCAGGAACUGUCCAUUGAGUGCCGGGAACUGUCUUUUGAGAUGUCAGAUGAUUAACAUGAGCUAGUUUAUGUCAGGGAACGUGGGGAAUUUGAGGAAUGUGGGAAAUGUGGGGAAUGAGGGGAAUAGGGUAUAUGGUGUUAACCCCACCCCCACACACACACAAAACAAAAAAAAAACUUAACCUAUUAUCAAUGAACUCAUGAAACCUGUCUCUACAGAUCAGAGUGAUCGAAGAGGAUCCCAAUGAAGAGUCACAGAUUGAGGAAGGAGACCAGUUGACAACGGAC